CUUGAAUCCACCCCACAGAGUGAAGUCAAUUUCGAUGACUACUUUCACACAACAGGAAAUAGAAUUUCUGCAGAAACAUGGAAAUGAAGUGUGCAAACAGAUUUGGCUAGGCCUAUUUGAUGAUAGGUCAUCGGCAAUUCCAGACUUCAGGGAUCCACAGAAAGUAAAGGAAUUUCUACAGGAAAAAUAUGAAAAAAAAAGAUGGUAUGUUCCUCCAGAGCAAGCAAAAGUGGUGGCAUCAGUCCACGCAUCCAUAUCGGGAUCUUCUGCUAGUAGUACAAGCAGCACACCCGAGGUAAAGCCACUCAAAUCUCUCUUGGGAGAAGCUGCACCCGCACUGCACUUAAACAAGGGUACACCUAGCCAGUCUCCUGUUGUAGUUCGAUCUCAAGGACAGCAGCAACAGGAAAAGAAGCAAUUUGACCUCCUCAGUGACCUUGGCUCAGAUAUCUUUGCUGCUGCUCCUCCUCAGUCAACUGCUACAGCAAAUUUUGCUAAUUUUGCACAUUUCAACAGUCAUACAGCGCAGAACUCUGCAAAUGCAGGUUUUGCAAACUUUGAUGCAUUUGGACAGUCUAGUGGCUCGAGUAAUUUUGGAGGUUUCCCCACAGCAAGUCAGUCUUCUUUUCUGCCCCAAAAUACAGGUGGAGGUGCUGGAUCAGUGAAUGCUAACUUUGCUCACUUUGAUAACUUCCCCAAAUCCUCCAGUGCUGAUUUUGGAGCCUUCAAUGCAUCCCAGAGCAACACAAUAGCAACUGCAGCCAGUAAACCUGCAGUAAAUAAACUGAACCUCCAGUCAGCUGACAAAUAUGCAGCUCUUGCUAAUUUAGACAAUAUCUUCAGCACAGGGCAAGGUGGUAGUGAGCAAGGAAGUGGCUUCAGUACAGUAGUGUCAGCAUCAGCAGGUCCUGCACUGUCAGCCCCAAAUCAGUCAAGUGCAUCUUCAGACAAGUAUGCAGCUCUAGCAGAAUUAGACAGCGUGUUCAGUUCUACAGCAACCUCCAGUAACGCAUAUACUUCCACCAGUAACGUUAGCAGCAAUGCUUUUGGAACAGUACCCGUGGCUGCUACUGCACAGACACAGCCUACAUCUUCAAGCGUGCCUGCUCCAUUUGGAGCAACACCUUCCACAAAUCCAUUUGUAGCUGCUCCUGUUGCCCCAGUGGCACCUUCAACAAAUCCAUUCCAGACCAAUAGCAGAGGAGCAACAGGCCUCUCGGGAGCAAUGCACUCUCACAUAUUUCCUCAGGCUCAUUUUGCAGCAACAUUUGGUACUGCAUCCAUGAGCAUGCCUGCAGGAUUUGGAGCUCCUGCCUCCUACAGUCUUCCUACUAGUUUUAGUGGCAACUUCCAGCAGCCCACGUUCCCAACCCAGGCGGCUUUCCCACAACAGACUGCUUUUGCUCAGCAGCCAAAUGGAGCAAGUUUUGCUGCAUUUGGACAGGCAAAGCCUGUGGUAACUCCUUUUGGACAAGUUGCGGCUGUUGGAGUAUCUAGUAACCCUUUUAUGGCUGGUGCACCAACAGGACAAUUUCCAACAGGAAGCUCAUCAACCAAUCCUUUCUUAUAGCCUUAUAGACACUUUACCCAAAAGAACUCUUACGUGGUCACAUAACAUCUCUGCGCCUCUUGCACUGUUGUCUUGUUUCACUGAUAUUAGCUUUAAACACAAAAGAAGUCUUUAAGAAGUAAAAAUAAAAGCCUGCAUUGUGUACCUUUAAAAAAAAUAAUUAAAAAUAAAUAAUACACAAACCCCAAGAAAAUCAACCCCCAACACCAGGUAAUAACGUGCAAAACAGAGGGCUGUGGUAACAUCCUUGAACCUGUGAACGGGCAGGUAAAAAGUAGCGGUAUCAUGUAUAUUAAAAUUGGCUAAUAAGUUAUUGCAGAUACCACAUUCAUUAUGCUGCAGUACUGUACAUAUUUUUCUUAGAAGAUAGCUAUUUGUGCAUAUCAGUAUUUGUAACUUUAACACAUUGUUAUGUGAAAAUGUUACUGGGAAAUAGAUCAGCCACUUUAAGGUGCUGUUGUAUCUCUUGGAAUGAAUGAGCUACAUCAUUUUAACCACUGGUAUUGGAAGUCAUGAAGUUAAAUUGAAGGUUUGUUCAUUUCUCAAAAUGUUUUCCUUUCCUAAGAGCUCUUCUAUUUAUACAUGCCUAAAUCUCUAAUGUUAGAGGGAUACCUGUCUGCAUAAUAAAGCUGAUCAUGUUUUGCUACAGUUUGCAGGUGGAAAAAAAUAAAUAUUAGAAAAAAACAA